UUCGGUCCGGUAAACAAGUAUUUUAUUGAAUGCGUUUCUACCCUGUACAUAUACUUUACAACCAAAAGUUUUAGUAUUUUGUUAGUGACAAGUUAUAGAAGUGUAAUUGGUAAUUAGUUGGACUUAAGUUUUAAUGCAUAGCAGCAUUCCCGCGUGCAAGUGCUUAUAGUGUGCGUGUGUAACAUGCUAGUAUGGCUUCAUCGCAGCUCCAGAUCCGCCCGCCAAUGGGUCUCCUGACAACGGUGGCCGAUUUGCCACCAAGCUACAAGGCGCGAUACAUUAGCGCUAACACCAAACUCACCCCCGAGUCACCGCUUGAUUUGACUGUGAAGCAAAGUUUUGGAGGAGCAAUCACGCCACCACUGACGCCAUCGCCGCUCAAGAAACGAUAUCGCGAGGAAAAUGACGAAAAUCACGACGGCAAUCGCGUCAAGCAGAUUAAGGUGGAAACUAGCGAGCAGGACAAACGGGAAACCACGCCAGUGAAACCGGUCAAAGCGGAGGUGGGCUUGAGAAAUUCGAAAAUUUCACCCCCGCUGGCUCCGAUAUUGAAAGAGAAACGUACCAAAGCAGCAAGGAAACUGAAAUUCGACGAAGAGACUACAUCGCCGGUAUCAGGCACAAUUAUAAUAUCGCUGGAAGAAGUCAUCAACAGUGACAUUCCCCGCGAAUCCGGUGAUAUAGAUCCUCAGUUUAAUUUGGUUGAAAUAUCGGACGAAGUUAGAGCUGAGCUAGCAACCAUUCCCAAUGUAAUUGGUGCCUAUAACUGUAAACUUUGUCGCCUUGAAUUUGAGGAUGCUUUCGGACUUGCCCAGCAUCGAUGUGCAUGCAUUGUCCUUCUUGAAUAUCGUUGUCCCGAGUGUAGCAAACGUUUCAACUGUCCUGCUAAUUUAGCGUCCCAUCGUCGAUGGCACAAACCGCGUGACCAGGUUGCUAAAAGAGGAGAUGUUGGCAAAUCGGCUCAAGAUAUCGAUUGUAAAUACCGAUGUGAGCAAUGCAACAAAACGUUCAAACGUCCUGCCUAUUUAAAGAAACAUCAGUUAACUCAUGAAAAAGCUAAAAACAAAUCGAAACAUAAUCAACCAAGUGCCGAAAGUGAACUUACAGCAACAAACAGUAACAUCUCUGGUGAACGUAGCAGUAGUAGCAGCGAAGAGUCGAACCAUUCUGCAGAUAGCCAUAAUACUGUCUAUGUCAAUCGGAUGUCCGAAGUACCACAAACCAUAUUUACCGUAGUAGCCAGUGAGCCUCCACUUCAGCAUGAUUUGAUGCACCAUAACUAUCACGUAAACUCCAGAGCUUCGCAAUAUUCCUCGACUACGGAAUACAGUGAAAUGGAUGAAGAUGAUGAUUACGAGGAACCCGCCUUGGUUAUCAACGAAGACUAUCAGGACGAAAUGGAGGAAAUUCGAUCAGCUUAUUGUGACCGUUUUACUGAAGAAGAAAACAUGGCUGCUGCUGCCUUGGCCCAUCUACGGAACGGACCAUCGGUGAUACGCCACACCACCGCACUGGUUGUCUAAGGAACCUAUACUCGUAAGUUGCUUCAUAGUACCUAAGCAUCAGUACUGUAAACUUGGUUAACGGCGUUCUACUUACUGGAUUGCUUUGCAUAGCUUUAGAUAUUUUCCCUGUAAAUUUUCAAUCACUAAAUCAGCAUCACACCAAAUGAGACUUGAGUCGGCUACUAAAAGAAGACUGUAUAUAGCUUUAUAGGGUAAGACUGGAGCAUAGCUCAUUUAUAUCAUUUAAGUGAAAGCUUUGACGGAGUGUUCCUUCAGUUACAGUUGGGUUUGGAUAAUUUUGCACCAUAACAAUUUAAAAAAAUGAAAAAAAAACUUCAAUGAAUUCAAUACUACAGGAAUUUGUCAAUUUUAGUACUCCAUUAGUUUCAAUUUCAGUGAACUAAAACACUAUCACCCAAAAUAUUGUGACAAUAUAGAAUAUUUCAAUUGCACUGCACUUUGAAUCCCUAGUCGCCUGUACGUCGGAACAACUUCCGUUCUCCGCACUUCUGUACAUUCGAUUUAAAAUUUUCGGAAAAUUUUAAAUUUCUCCUAACAUGAGUAUCCAUCUAGUCAUUCUGUUAGUUUUAAGAAGAGCAUUAAUUUAAAGAGCUAUUUAAUAAUAUAUGAACAUUAUUUAUCAGAUGCUAUCCCACUACCCGUGGAAAAUCUUUCAUUUGCACGAAACCAUAACGAGCUAAAUAUUUUUCACAACAAGCACAACGUGUACAGACAAUACUGUCAUGAAAGACAGACGAUUAGUGAGAUUACUACUUACGUUAGAGUUUUUUGUUCUACGAUCAGCUUUUUGGAUGUGACGAAAGCACUGUCGCAGGUUCGGGAUUUGCUUUUGCAAUCGAGUGGAAAAUUGUGCCAUAGUAUUACCAUUAAAUAAACGAACCGACGAAACAUAACAAUCUGUAGAAGUUUAGGUUUGUAAACAAGGGUUAAGUGUAGCUAUAUUGUCUAAGGUCUAGUCAUUAUUAUUUCAACAAAUCUAGUCAACCGUUUCAGUCAUUUUCUCGAUCAUGGGUAAACAGAUACUGUCUAUGAUCAAUUAUCAGUAGUAUUAAAUUACCAAAUUUAAAAUCUAGUCAUUGUAUUCAUCAUGCAACCAGUAAUGACUUCAUCAUGCUGCCAGUUAUUAUUAAUUAAAAUUAGGUUCCUUUCAUUGAUAAUUCGUAUGCUAGUCAUUUCAUUUCGAUUCUUGUCAAAGAUUCUACGUCAUUGACUUUAGCUUUCAUUAGAUCUCAAAGUCGGAAAUUUUUUUCCUACUAUUUCUAUAUUUAGGUUCCUCUAGUCAUCGAAAUCAAUCUGGUCCUUGAGUUCAUAAAAACUAGUCAACCAUUUUAUUAAUAAGUUUCAAAAAUAUCUGAGUAACACUGUAAAAAACUUCAUAUUGAUAAUCGCCCACUGCUACUAAUGAGUUCAUGAUAUGUUUAUUAUAUUAACGAUUGUAAUUAAUUUAAUUUAUCUCAUGUAUGAGUAGUACAUCGAAGUAGAACGCCGUUUGCCUCAUGUAAUAAAACGAACAAUCAUUAUCGCUUGACUAUUAAGUUAGAAAACGGAAUCAUUGGAACAAUAUAAAAUAACAUUACGUUUUAGAUAUAAUAAAAUGAAAUGUGAUACUAGAGUCGUAAGUUUAUUUUUACAAAUGUCGCAUCUUAACACA